CUGCUCGACCCAUGGAACGACAUGAAGGCCGGCGCUCCGCAAGGCGCUAUAAGAGCGGGCGGCGGGGCCGAGCUGACCGGCAGGUGACCCCGCGCGUUUGGGUCCCGCCCCCCGGAGGACGCAUUUAGUGCGGGGCGGCGAGCGCGCGCACAUCGGCGACAUGGCCCUGACGGGGAGGAUCGCGCUCGUCACCGGGGGAGCCCAGGGCAUCGGCAGGGCCAUCUCGGAGGCGCUGCUGCGGGAGGGGGCCAAGGUCGCGCUCGUGGACUCAAACCCGGAGGUGGCCAGGGAGUGUCGCGGCCGCCUGGAGGAGGCGUUCGGGGUGGGCAGCAGUUUGUUCUUCGAGUGCGACGUGACGGACUGGGCGAAGCUGCAAGAGGCGUUUAGGAAGACCGUUAAGCACUUUGGGCGCCUGGACAUCGCGAUUAAUAACGCGGGCAUCAACAACGAGAAGGACUGGCAAAAGACUAUCAAUGUCAAUUUGACCUCCCUGAUCAAAGGGACGUACCUGGCACUGGAGCACAUGAGCAGAGAGAAUGGCAAAGACGGCGGCGUCAUCAUCAACGUGUCCUCCAUGGCAGCCUUCAUGCAUUCCCCUCACAUGCCAGUCUACACGGCCACCAAGUAUGGCGUGCUGGGAUUCACCAAAGCCAUCGCGGAGGCUUCUGCAGUUGGCAACUUCGGUGUAAGGAUCAACGUGCUGUGCCCGGCGUAUGUGGACACGCCACUCUUGCAGUCCAUCGAUAAAGAGGACAAAAUGGGGCGCUACUUCAAGUACAAGGAGGAGCUGAGGCAGAGCAUGCACACCUACGGUGUCUUGGACCCCUCGCUCAUCGCCGAUGGCAUGAUGAUGAUCAUCAAGGAUGGCAGCCUGAAUGGCGCAGUCAUGAAAAUCACGGCAUCCAAAGGGAUUCACUUCCAGAGCGAUGAGCCCAUGUCGGCUUGAUGCCCGCCUGUGCCAAUUUGUGAUUUUUCAUAGUUAAAUUUGGAUUCUGUUAACUUAUUGUGUUUACUUUGGGAUUUGAAUAAAAGCGGCAUCUGAUGGG